AUGGCACACUAUUCGGAAGUUGAGCGAGGCAUCACACAUAUUCGCAUCCAAAGGCAGUGCGGUGCCUGUGGGCAGCUCUUUAUGCCUCGUGAAACCCCCAUCAUUUCGAUAACCCGGAAAGGCGCAUCUCUGGAAAUUUCCAAUGCCUUCAUGUUCUCGGGCUAUGGGCAUUCGUACGAGAAUAGCUACCGGCGCGCAAGUGGCAAAGAGGGAGCCUUCUGCAAUAAUCCAUCUUGUCCCCCAUGCCGCAAAACGGACGAGAGCAUCACCGUCCACGCCGACUGUUUCCAUCUAUUCACGCAGCGAUGCGUUGUCAAAAACGCCGACAGCGAGGCGGCACGGAAAAAGGAGGUCUUCAGACGCCUUUGGCUGGUGGGCAGGAAACGAUAUGCCUGGCGCAGCAUGGUGCCGCACAGGUUCAUGAGCAGCGCCACGCUGGAGAGGUGCCCGCCGGAGGUGAUCAGCGAGAUAUGCGGCUUCGGCCGAGUUUUCCUGCCCGAGGUGGCGCUGCUGAUCCAGAGCCAUUCGCGGGAGCAUAUCCUCUGGCGAUUCUGCUCGAUUCUCCAGCUGCUGCGAGACCUGGAACUGGCAGAGACGCUCGAGACUGCCACGUACCCGCUGCCCAAAGUGCUGUCGUGGUCCCGCGGCGAAGCUCCCAAGCUUGUACAGGAUCAAUCUCUUGCUGGGCCCUGGAUUACGCUUACGAUUGAUGCCCGCGGCAUCAAGAGCAUCCAAAGGAUCUCGGAACUCUCGAGAAUCACAGGCAGCGAGUUGCCUCCGCCUUCUUUCCUCGGAAUGGGUCAUCUCGACAAUGAACCCCGUCUUGGCGGCAUCCGCCUACGGAGCACGCUGGCUAUUCCUCACAAGCUCCCAUUUAAGGAACCAGGAGAACUCAGUCCUCUCAACACUGUCAGUCUGGAUCCGAGCAGCUGCACGGGAAUCUCCUUCUUCCUGCGCGCCCACUACAUGGUUGACAUCCAUGUGCAUUGCCAUCCCACGCGGCAUCUCCCUACGCAUGUCGAGAAAUUCAAGUACAUGGAAGCCAUGUUCCCUGACGGCAGGGACGACGGCGUCGAAUGGAUCUACAUGCCGCUGACGGCACGGGAUGCAAUCACGGCACUCAGGUCCAGAAAGCGUGGAGAUUUCCGAUCACCCUACUACACGUUCUACACACAGGCUGGAGAAACGAUUGUGGUUGGCACCCCCUUCGAAGAGGAACCCAUACCUAGGGACCAGAGACCAGAAGAGGUAUACGCGCUGGGAAAAGACAAUGGUGCGCGACCUUUCAGCUUCGUCUACGAGAUGCGAUCCAUGUUCAUGUUGAGCAUGAUCCGGCCCGACACCGAGCUCGCGACUGACGCUGACGCUCAAGGCCGGUAUGCCGCCACAGUCAUAGAUGAUGAGCCGACGAGGGCGUCUCUUGGCGCAACCGACCACACUGCCUCGCGUCCUUGGAAGGCCUACUACUCCUCGGCGUCUUUGGAGGGCAUCCUCGACGUGCACGUCUUCACCGUGGGCUGGAAAAAGCUCUGCAAGGGCAUUCUGAUUGAGUACGAAAACGGGUCCAAGAGAGCCCUGGGGCAGUGCCGCCUGGGGGUGGAUGACGUCCAAAGCUGGCAUAGGCCUCUCAGCAUGCAUUGCGUGCCAGUGGAUUAUGAGCGGAAUGUCAAUGAUCUUAUCAACGAGACUCUGCUUCUGUUGCCUCUACUGCUUUUAUAA